AUGCCGCGCUGCUACAUGGUGAAGAAAGGCAUCCAACGACACGAUGGCCCGCCCCUCUGCAGUCCUACAGAGGCCAGCGUGGCUCCGCCUUGCUACAGCCCGGCCGAAGACACAGCCGUCACAGAACCGGACGCUGCGGAAAAUGAGGAGCCUGCGAAGAUACAAAUGUCGGAGCGGACAGCGGCAGACACUGAAGCUGCACACGACCUGCUCUCACUCGCCAACAGCUUGCCGUCGCUUCCUCCACCUCCACUGCCGCCACUUGCUCCACCCGCCCCACUGGUCACUGUACUGCAGCCUCCCGAACCACCUAUGGUGCCCCUUUAUACCUACACAAUACAGCCUACGAACAUUUUUAUCAUCACCGAGGAACCUCCCGAGCCUGUCUACCACGUUGUCCCAUCGGUUCCACCUAUGUCGCAAUUCGAAUAUAUGCUUGAACCUCAAGUCAGUUAUCUUGCUUAUCAACCUUUACAAGAGCCUCAAAUUCAAUUUGUAGAGCCCGUUCCGGUUCCUGUUAUUGAGACUCUACAACCGGUCAACCCAGUUCCCGUGUCCGACCCACCAGCCGUACCCGAGCCCGAACCUGCACCCGAACUGGAGCCUGAACCGGAACUCGAACCUGAUUUAAUCGAGGUAAACUCACCACCUCAGCAAAAGGAUAAAAAUGUUAAAUAUGAUUGUGACGAAUGUGGUAAGCAGUACGCAACUUCAUCAAACUUAUCCCGUCACAAGCAAACUCAUCGUAGUCUUGAUUCACAUGCUGCAAAACGUUGUAACGAUUGCGGCAAGGCGUACGUGUCCAUGCCAGCUCUGGCCAUGCACGUCCUGACACACAGAAUGGGGCACGUCUGCGGAGUUUGUGGUAAACAGUUUUCACGACCGUGGCUUCUGCGCGGACACUUGCGUUCACAUACUGGUGAAAGACCUUACGAUUGUCCCGUCUCCGGUUGCGGCAAGGCAUUUGCGGAUCGCUCAAACUUACGAGCCCAUUUGCAAACACAUUCAGCAGAAAAAAAUUACGAAUGCUGUCGCUGUCACAAAACAUUCGCUCUCAAGAGUUACCUCACAAAACAUUUAGAGACGACGUGCUUGGUCUUCAUGAACGAUUGA